GUGUGUGUGUGUGUGUGUGUGUGUUUAGGAUUAUGGAGGUAUCUUGGUUCUAAGAUUAAUUCUGCACUAUCCUUAGCAAAGCACAACCCUGAGUAACUAUGGCAACAGCAGCAUCCUCUGAAUUUUUACAAUGUCUUCAGUGUGGAGAGUAAUACACUCAAAGGCUGCUGACAGGACCAUGGCAAAGGUUUGAGUAUGAGUUUUCAUCCUUGGAUGGAUGAUACCUGGUAACAGCUGCCAUGUUUGAAUGUAAUGGCAGCUCACUGGAGGGGUGUGGCCUUCUUGAGCCAAUGGAAACUGAGAUACAAGAGUCUGAGACUCCCCUUAUGCCCAUCACUCUCAGGGUGGCACUGGCUGCCAUCAUGAUCUUCAUGAUCACCAUUGGUUUUCUUGGCAAUGCCAUAGUGUGUCUGAUUGUUUAUCAAAAACCAGCAAUGCGUUCAGCAAUUAAUCUACUCCUGGCCACGUUAGCAUUCUCCGACAUCAUGCUGUUGCUGUUGUGCAUGCCUUUCACUGCCGUUACUCUGGCGACAACGGACUGGAGCUUCGGAGUUGGAUUCUGCCAUGUGUCGGUUAUGCUUUACUGGCUAUUUGUUCUGGAGGGUGUGUCUAUCCUUCUUAUCAUCAGUGUUGAUCGCUUCCUCAUCAUAGUUCAACGGCAAGACAAGCUGACACCCCAUCGGGCAAAAAUUCUCAUUGCAGCAUCAUGGGCUCUGUCACUCUGUGUAUCCCUACCAUCUGUGGUGGGCUGGAGGACGGCUGGGAUUGGGGCUCAAGUACCGCAGUGCAUUCUCGGAUAUAGUGAAUCGCUGGCGGACCGAGGAUACACAGUGCUACUGGCAGUAGCUGUAUUUUUUGUGCCAUUCAGUGUGAUGUUGUAUUCAUACCUGUGUAUUCUAAACACAGUUCGGCGCAAUGCACUCCGCAUCCACAAUCAUAACAGUGAAGGCAGUGUUGCGAUCAACCAAGUCAGCAAAUUAGGUUUAACUGGUCUGCAGCGCCCCCAAGUGAACGUGGACAUGAGUUUCAAAACCAGGGCUUUUACCACCAUCCUCAUCCUUUUUAUUGGCUUUUCUGUGUGCUGGUUGCCACAUACAGUAGUGAGUUUGCUGGCAGUGUUUAGUAGGCAGUUCUGCCUCAGCCCAGCCUUUUACCCGAUCAGCAUCGGGGCACUCUGGCUGAGUUACCUAAAAGCAGUCUUCAACCCGGUGAUUUACUGCUGGAGAAUCCGAAAGUUUCGUGAGGCCUGCUUGGAGUUUAUGCCCAAGACCUGUCAGCUCUGUCCCAAGAUUCCUAGAAGAAGUCGCAGGCGGAUAAGACCCAGCAACAUUUAUGUGUGCAGCAGUGAAACACAGUCUUCCGUCUAAGAAUUUCCAUCUUAUAUUUAAAGGAAUUGGUCACCCAAAACUGUUCUGUUCUUUUGUUGAACACAAAUAAAGAUUAUUUUAGAAGGGCAUCUGAUGUUUAUAUCCAUACAAUUCAAGUCAAUGGGUUCCAAAUCUCUCAAGCUCCAAAAGAACAAAAAGGCAGCAUAAAGGUAAUGUCUGCAAUGUCUCGAGUGGUUUAAUCCAUGUCUAAUGGAGCAAUACGAUUGUGUCAGGUGCAAUCAAGUGUAAUUGAGCUUCUAUCAUGAAUGCAACAAGUAGACUGCGUUACAUUUUUGUCUGUUUCUCACCCAAAAGUGAUUGUAUCCCUUAAAGACAUGGAUUAAACCAAUCGAUCUUUAUGCUGCCUUAAUGUUCUUUUUGGAGCCCAUUGGCUUGAUAUGGACAAUUGAAUUUUAAGCAUAGAAACACUUCAUAUAUCAAUCAAAAUAUCUUUGUUUGUGUUCCACAGAUGAAAGAAAGUCAUACAAGUUUGAGACAGCAUAAGGGUGAGUAGAUGAUGAGAGAAUUAUAAUUUUUGGGUGAACUAUUCCUUUAAAAUGACCAAGCUAAGAACGGUUUGUUUGUAUGUGUGUUUAAAUCAAAGUUUUGAUAUGACACGUUACACCAGCAAUGGUAUUUACUGGCAUAGGUUGGUUUUAAAGGACUGUAUUUGAAAUCCCAUGGAGAUGGGGAUUUGAACGGAAUACUUAACAAAUUAAAAUACACUAGCAAUAUACACUUAUAUUCC